GGCCGAUCAAGUCUAUUAACCACAGUCGUUAUGCUGUGUAGAUCCAGCUCCAUGUGCGUCGAUCCCAGAUGAAGACGUGUCACAGCAGCAGAGCAGAGCAGCGCUAACAGGAAACAGCAGCUGCGCUUAAUGCCCCUGCGCAGCCUAGGAGGAGUGGAAGAAAAGAGCGAGUAAGGAAAAGAGAGGGAGGGAGGAGAACAGAGGCCUGACUUCUCGGAAACCCCGCCGCCGCCCCUCACCCAUAUCCCCCGUGGCUGUCUGUCCCCUCUCCCCUCCUGGCCCUGCAUGGACGGGGAUGGGGAGAGACGGAUGUUGUGACCGCGGGGCUGAGCGCCUCGUAUCCCCGCCGAGGGUGCCCCGCCUGCGACCGCUGCUACUGCUGCUCUUCGCUCUUUGCUACGGGGCUCACAGAGGUAAUUGCCAGGUGGCCACCCCUCAGUGUCGUAUCCAGAAGUGCACCACAGACUUUGUGUCCCUGACCUCUCACCUGACCCCAGCCCUGGAUGUGUUUGAUGUGGAGUUCUGUAAGGCUCUGAGGGCCUACAGUGCCUGUACCCAGAGAACGGCCAAGUCCUGCCGGGGAAACCUGGUCUUUCACUCUGCUGUCUUGGGCAUCUCGGAUCUCAUGAGCCAGAGAAACUGCUCACGCGAUGGUCCGACCUCAUCCACUCACCCCGAGAUACAACCAGAGCCCUGCAACUACCACAGCCGAACCCAGCACGCACACACACACCAUCACACACACACUCACGCCCACGCACGGCCCGGGUACCUGUUCUGCGGGCUGUUUGGGGACCCCCACCUGCGGACGUUUAAAGACAGUUUCCAGACCUGCAAGGUGGAAGGGGCGUGGCCGCUCAUUGAUAAUGACUUCUUGUCCGUGCAGGUGACCAACGUUCAUGUAGUAACAGGGUCCAGCGCCACAGCAACCAAUAAGAUCACCAUCAUAUUCAAGCCGUUUGAAGACUGUACAGAGCAGCGUGUUUACCAGGCUGUGACGGACGACCUACCCGCAGCCUUCGUGGACGGUACUGUGAGCAGCGGAGACCCCAGCCACAACGUUAACGGGAAUAACGGCGACUCCACCGGGAAAGUACGGGCCCUGUGGAUCUCGGAGCGUAGCCCCGGCCGCCACGUUGAGCUGCACGCCGGCUACAUCGGCGUGACGGUCAUCGUACGGCAGCUGGGCCGCUAUCUGACCCUGGCGGUGCGCAUCCCAGAGGAGAUGGCCCACGCCUACGACGCUACGCAGGAUCUGCAGCUCUGCCUGAACGGAUGUCCCACCUCGGAACGCAUCGACCAGGGGGGUCACCUGUCUCUCCCUCCGCAACCCCCCGCGCUCGGCCUGCAGCUCCGGCAGCUGCGCGGCCAGGGCCAGCCCUCACACGCACAUUCCCACACGGCCCCCUACAGCGCCCCCCAGGGGUUCAGUGUGGACGGCGCACGGGCACGCUGCAAGGAGCAGCUAGAGGUGCAGGAUAUAUAUUUCCACUCCUGCGUGUUUGACCUCCUGACCACUGGGGACGCUAACUUCACGGCAGCUGCGUUCAGCGCCCUGAAGGACAUGGAGAGUCUCCACCCACACCGUGAGCGCUGGAGGAUCUUCCCUCCGAGCUCCGCCCACACCUCCCGACCUACCACAUGGCUCCUAUUGCUCGUGCUCGCUGCGCUUGGCUUGGCCCUGGUGUAGUGUGUUUAUGUGUCUUUGUGUGUGUUGGUGUAGAGUCCCUAGCUGAGCUGUAGGAUGUUCACUUUCAGCGCAGAUCUAAGGUUAUUUUAGUGUUUUCCCUCAAACGGUUCUGAUCGAGGAGGGGAACCUAAGCCUAGAACUGUUUCUAACCAGACCCCAGCCCCCCCCCCCCCCCAGUUGACUGAUCACACUUUGGCAUGUUGCUGCCCCAUAUAAGUCCACAGUUGGAAUCUGAAGAGAUUUCAUGAUGCUCCUGAAUUCUUCCCAAUCAUUCUGUGUUGGACCUAAGAGGCUUCCUGGAGAUUAUUACCUGUGUGUAUGUAAGGUUUACAUGUAUAUCAAGAAACAUCCUAACAGGAACACUCCAACUGUGUGUAUAUUGUAGAAACACACUCCAGACUGUAAAUAGUGUGUGCGACGUAUCCAGGAAUGCUGGAUGCCUUUGAGUUCUGGUUUGUAUUGUUGGGUAAUUUCAUUGUGACUAUGGUGAUUUUGUUUGUAAUACCUCAUAGACAGAGGAAGUUGUUUUUACAGAAGCACUUUAUUUUGAUUUUUUGCUAAAUCCAUACCAGUGUUCCCCCUCUCCCUCUGUCCCGCGGCCCCGUUCAGAGUGUGAAGGACAUUAUCAAUGAUCCUCCAUUAUCAAUGAUCCUCCAUUAUCAAUGGUCCUCCAUUAUCAAUGACCCACCAUUAUCAAUGACCCACCAUUAUCAACGACCCUGCGCUCCCCCAUCCUCCAUUCGUCAGCCAAGCUGUGGAUUGCAUCUGCAGUUUUCUUCAGUCUCAAAUGACACCUGAUUCGCUUGGCAGUGUGCUCCUUUUCACCAGAGGGACUUGGACAUUGUUAAGUACUUCACUAUAUGAGGGAGAGGGAGCCAUUUGAUUCAGUUGUCCAGACUAUGGAUGGAAUAUCUGUUUUAAAGCCAAAAUCCAAAGGCAGUUAUUUUAGCCUCUGUUCUAUAUUAACUUAAUGUGAGCUGUUUUCUCUUGAAUGUAUUCUGUAUGGUACCAUAGUAGCUGUUUAGAACAGUUUCAAACACUCCAUUAUCGUUCAAUGUUUGAUUAUCAUUUACAGUAUAUUUGCAAAUACGGUGUGUGCGUGCGCGCGUGUGUGUAUGUGUGUAUGCGUCUUUGAAGGUGUUUUACCUGAAUUGUUGUCUGAGGACUAAAAAGUCAGUCACCCUCAGUAGCUCUUUGUAAGAACAUAUUCACUGUUCACUGCUCAUUCAUGCUGGUAUAAUGACUUUGACAUGCUCUGACUGAGUUUAUUUUACUUGCACAACUUCCAGCUGGCGGUAACAGUUCAGUCCAUUUACCAAACAGCUUUGACUAUCAGCUUUUCUAUGUUGUGAGCUUUCUAUGUUUCUGUGCGUGUUCAGUUUGCUUUCUGUUGCAACCAAAGACAACCACAUUCAGUAAUUAACCAUAGAAGCUCUCUAUGUACAAACAUGAGGAACACACCCUCUCCACCCCCAAACUGUAACCCCUCUAACUGUAACCUCUGACCCUUCCUCCCUACCCACCCUUUACCCUGCCCCUUCAUCCUUAUCCAACAGUAACCCCUGCCCCUUAACCCUGCCCCUUCCUCCCUAUCCUACAGUAACCCCUGCCCCUUAACCCUGCCCCUUCCUCCCUACCCAACAGUAACCUCUGACCCUAAACCUUCCUGCCUACCCCACUGUAACUCUUAGUAAACUUGCUACUGUAGAUGGACUCUAUUUAGCUCCUACUGCCAGAGCUAACGGCUGUUCUCCCAUGGGAAAUAUGGACGAGACUGUAGUAAAUGUAUUAGCAGGGCUGCUCAUUCCUAGUCCUUGAGGGAGGCAGCGUAGGCAGCCUUUAGAUCCAUCACAAAACUACCACACUGCAUUCAGCUAACCAAGGUCUUCAUGAUGGGUUAGUUUAACCAGUCAAGGUAUAGUUGGGCUGUAACAUAAACCUGCACAAACUGUGAUCCAGCAGGACUGGUGUUUACUGCCUGCUACGGACGGAACACCAGGACUCCCACAGAUGUCACACACUCACAGAUAAAUCUACAAAGCAGUGUCUGAUGGGAAGUAUGCUCAGUUUGUCUCUGGCAUUGUGAACUGUUAACUUGUGUGUGAGUAUCCGUUUGGUGAAGAGUGACUGCUUUAUGUUGAAAUACUUAACUUAUUUAUAAAGGUAGUGUCUGGUAGAGGAAGGUGCGCUCCAUAUUCUUGCUGUUUCAGAUGUGAUUGUACUGCUACCUAGUGGCGCUCUGUCAGUGUUUUACUCAUGGAGGCACUAAAGAAAACUAGGAAAAAUUUGAAAUGUGUGCAAGUGUUUUAUUUAAAAAAAAAACAAUAAAUGAUAAACAAAUCCA